AUGGCAAACAUGGAGAACCUCCAAUUUCCCGCUCUAGACAUCACCGGUACCAACUACAUUUCAUGGGUUAAAAAUGUCGAACUUCAUCUUGAAUCUCUUGGUUUAUCCGAUACCGUUAAAGAGAAUAAUACUUCAACGCCUCAAGAAAAGACUAAAUCGGUGAUCUUCCUUAGAAGACACCUUGAUGAAAGUAUUAUUUAUGACUAUGCCAACAUGAGAGAUCCAAAAGAACUAUGGAAGUCGCUGAAAGAUCGUUUUGAUCAUCAGAAAGACAUAACACUUCCACUUGCUCGGGAUGAAUGGCAGAGUCUGAGAUUCCAAGAUUUCGACAAAGUGAUGAAUUACAAUUCUGCUGUGUUAGGAAUUGUGGCCAAAUUGAGAUAUUGUGGUGAAACGAUCACCGAAUCUCAAAUGCUUGAGAAGACAUACACCACAUUCCACAAGAGCCACAUCACCCUGCAACAAAAUUACAGGUUGCGGGGAUAUACCAAAUUUUCGGAAUUGAUUGUGGCGCUUCUCAUAGCAGAAAAGAACAACGAGCUUCUGAUCAUGAAUUACAUGACUCGUCCAACUGGUUCUAAACCGUUUCCUGAAGCAAACGCAUUAGAUACGAAGAAACCAGUCAAAGAAAAUAAGACCUUUCGGGGUCGCGGUCGUGGUGGUAAAACUACCGUGGACGUGGACGAAUGUACAAUCCACAAGAUAGGAAGUCAUUCCAGUGGGUCCGCUCAGAGCAAUCCCCUAAGGGAAAAGAACACCAAGGAAAUAUCUCCCAAAAGCGAGAAGAAGCUUGUUUCAGAUGCGGGUACUAAGGGACAUUGGUCUCGUUUAUGUCGUACCCCUGCACACCUUUGCGCUCUAUACAAGGAGUCCGUCAAAAGGAAAGAAAAAGAAGUAAAUUUUGCGGAACAUUCUGAGGGUACAACGCACCUCGAUGCGUCUGACUUUGUGAAUGAUUUCGAGGAGACCGCUAUCACGGAAGCCUAA